UCCGGGGACACCGGAUAUAGUGAAUGCAGGGUCCGGGGGAGACCGGAUAUAGUGAAUGCAGGGUCUGGGGAGACCGGAUAUAGUGAGUGCAGGGUCCAUGGAGAGCGGAUAUAGUGAAUGCAGGGUCCGGGGGAGACUGGAUAUAGUGAAUGCAGGGUCCGGGGAGACCGGAUAUAGUGAAUGCAGGGUCCGGGGAGAGCGGAUAUAUAGUGAAUGCAGGGUUCGGGGAGACCGGAUAUAGUGAGAGAGCGGAUAUAGUGAAUGCAGGGUCCGGGGAGACCAGAUAUAGUGAAUGCAGGGAUAUAGUGAAUGCAGGGUCCGGGGAG